GAUCUAUGCGCUGCUUGUGAAUAUCUGUCCGAAGCCGGCGCAGAAACUGAAAAGCCUAUGGGUAUUAUCGGCUUUUGCUGGGGAGGCAAGCAGGUGGUUCAUGCAUGUACUGAGCAGACACGUACUAGCCUUGGACUACAUUUUGGCGCUGGCGUCUCUAUUCAUGGCGCUGGGCUUGCUCCCGAGGAUGCGGAACUAGUUUCAGCACCAAUGAUGUUUCUUCCAGCUGGAGAUGAUCCUGACAUAGCUCCCUUAAAGACUGUCCUAGAUGGUAAAGGUUUUGGACAUGAGUGCAUCUACCACACCUUUUCCGAGGAGACGCAUGGCUUUGCAGCUGGUCGAGGUGAUUGGUCGUGUGAAAGAACUCGGCUAAAUGCGUACAGGGCAGCAAAUAUGGCAGCUGAAUUUCUUAAAAAACAUCUUGCCUAG